CCUAUCUAUUUUUAACCAAUGGAAACGUCAAACAUGUUUUGUGGGCGUUCUUUUCAGCAAUUUGUGUGUUUCGCUUGUCAUGUUCACGAGUAGAUGGCUUGCAUGUAUUUCAACGAUACAACAGAAGACAGCGGACACUUGGAAUUUUGACUACCGUUAACUCGAAUGCUUAGUGCAUUCCUCCAGCAUCAGGAAUGGGUUGUGUGACUGGGAUAAGCUUUGGAGGAUUGCGUCUAUGCCAUGCAUAGUCUAUUGGAGCUGCACCAGUACCUCUCUCACAACCGUGACCGUAGAUGAGGAGUGAACUGUUGCCUUCGGUUUCUUCCCCUGGUGCCUGGAGUCAAGUCCGCCAUGGCCAGCCCACACCUGGCAAAUCUUGCCCUUGCGUGGGAAAAGUAUAUGGACUGCCGAACACAAGGAGCUGAUCUACAGGUCAGUCUACAGUGUCUGGAGGGUUUCCUCUGCCUGUUCCAUUGUGUGCGACACCUCCACGUCACAGCCUCCAAAGAUGCACUGAAGUUCUGCUUGGAUAUGAGCGGGGCCAGUAACACGCUGGCGCGGGAGUUCCUGACGGACGUGCUGCAGCUGUGCAGUACGGUGGCCCAGCGGUCGGAAACGCGGGAGGAUGAGGAGGAGGAGAGCCACAUGGUGGCGUUGGGGGAGUACCUGGUCCGAGGACGCGGCUUCCUGCUCCUCAGCACCCUGGACUCCAUCAUAGACCAGGAGCUGACCUGUCGAGAGGAGCUGCUGACCCUACUGCUGUCGCUGCUGCCACUUGUCUGGAAGAUCCCCGUGCAAGAAGAAAAGGCCCCAGAUUUCACCCUGCCUUCACUGUUGGAAGUGUUCCUUAGCCGGGAGGGCAGAACCGUCCCUCUGAAGGCUGGGCAGGAGAAGGCCGGUUCCGAUGCUCAGAACUCCGGCAAGCGUUUGUCCGGCAGUUGGAAAUCGCGUCGGUCACGGCGGACCGCCCAGCGCUACUCGGUGAGGGAUGCACGAAAGUCCCAGCUCUCCACCUCGGACUCGGAAGCUGGGAACUCUGACGACAAGGUCCCCGCUCCGGGGUCCAAGCACCGCCGGUCACACGGCUCCACACUCCGAGUUAGCUGCCAGUACCACCAAUCAGACGCCCUAAUUCCACAGCCUCAGCAGGCAGCUGUAAUCCAGCGAAACCUCAACGCCGACAGCAUGAACACGCUCGAGCGUUCGCAACCUCACCCCAGGCUCUUUGGGCCGCAGGGGCUGGACAGCGAGGUAUUGAUGGACCCCACAGCCCUCUCCAUCUUCAACCGCAUGGAGAACUCGCCCUUCGACCUCUGCCACGUCUUGCUCUCCCUGCUGGAGAAGGUGUGCAAAUUCGACAUGUCCAUAAACCACAACCCGGGCCUGGCCGUGGUGGUGGUGCCAACACUCACAGAGAUCCUCACGGAGUUUGGCGACUGCUGUGGUCCAGGAGAUGGAGGCGGUGUAGGAGGAGGAGGCGGUGGUAGUGGCGGUGGCAUCGAUGAACUGGCAGGGGGCUGGACGGAGGAGCCCAUUGCUCUGGUCCAGCGGAUGCUCCUGCGCACCAUCCUGCACUUGAUGUUCGUGGACGUCGGGCAGAGCGAGGCGCUGCCGGACAACCUGCGCCGCAGCCUGACGGACCUCCUCCGCGCCACGCUCAAGAUCCGCAGCUGCCUGGAGCGGCAGGCUGACCCUUUCGCCCCGCGCCCCAAGAAGACCCUGCAGGAGGUCCAGGAGGACUUCUCCUUCUCACGGUACCGCCACCGGGCACUGCUCCUGCCCGAGCUGCUGGAGGGGGUCCUCCAGGUGCUACUCAGUUGCCUUCAGGCCUCGACCCCCAACCCCUUCUUCUUCAGCCAGGCGCUGGAGCUAGUCCACGAGUUCGUGCAGCAUCGCGGGCUGGACCUGUUCGAGGCCACAGCUCUGAGACUGGAGGGUCUGGGCGCAGGACGGGACAGCGUCAACGUCAGCGCGGAGCUGGGCGGCGAGGCGUCGGAGAGGCUGCGGGGCCUGGUGGCCAGCAUGCUCAAGAUCCUCGGCGCCGUCAAGAAGGCCAAGUCCGAGCAGCUGCACCAGACGGUGUGCACCCGGCGCCGGCACCGCCGCUGCGAGUACUCGCACUUCCUGCACCACCACCGCGACCUCACCGGUCUGCCCGUCGCCGCCUUUAAGCAGGCCGCCCGCCGCAACCCCUUCGAGGAGGAGGCCGAUGGCGAGGUGCGCUACCCAGAGCGCUGCUGCUGCCUGGCCGCCUGCGCCCACCAGUGCCUGCGGCUGCUCCAGCGGCUCUCGCCCACCGGCCCCACCGUGCUGCAGGUGCUGGCGGGCAUGCAGGCUGUGGGCAUCUGCUGCUGCAUGGACCCUCGCUCCGUAGUGGAGCCGCUGCUCCAGGCCUUCCAGGCGCCCGGGCUCCGCAGCUACCAGUCGCACGUGCUCAGCGUCCUCAGCCGGCUCGUGCUGGAGCAGCUGGGGGGCAGCCAGCCCUCAGAGAAGGCCAAGCUGGCCUCCUGCAACAUCUGCACCCUCGACAGCAGUCAGCUGCCUGGCUUGGAGGAGACGCUGCAGAGCUGCCAACCCGAGUCCGCACCCACGGCCACUGGCGCCACCUCCCCGAACCUCUCUUACCGCUCCAAGGGCAUCCUGCCCAGCGGGGCGGCCGAGGACAUGCUGUGGAAGUGGGACGCCCUGAAGGCCUACCAGGAGCUGGUGUUUGGCGAGGACUGGCAGUUGAGCCAGCAGAUCGCCGGGCACCUGUGCCAGCUCACAUUAAGGGGCAACGCGGUGGUGCAGUGGCAACUCUACACCCAUAUCUUCAGCCCUGUGCUGCAGCGCGGGGUGGAGCUGGCACACCAUGCACAGCAGCUGGGUGUCUCCAUCACCUGUACCCAGGCAUGCACGUACCACACCCACUGUCUGCCCAUGGAGGUCCUACUCGUUUACCUGCAGACUCUACCUGUUCUUCUCAAGUCAAGUCGUGUGGUGCGAGACCUGUUCCUGAGCUGUAAUGGGCUUAACCAGGUGACGGAACUGGUGUACCUGGACGCCACGCGCUCCUGGGCCCUCAAGGUGUUUGAAGCGCUCAUCCUGUGCACCUGGGAGCAGCUGGCAGAGACAACCGCCCUGCAGGAGCGUGACCGGGCCGAGGCCCUGGAGAGAGAUGCUGUGCUGGGCCUGGUGGACGAUGUGGGGUCCCGAGACGCCGCGAGCGGAGGAGGGGACGGCCCCCAGAGCCUCAGCAAGUUCUAUGAGGGGCUGAAAGAGGCGUAUCCGAGGCGCAAAAGAGGUGGUGGCGGAUCGGCGGCGGCAGGAGCCGGGCAGCAGAGAGGCGAAGCGCAGCUCAACGCCAUCAACCUCUUCCUGUGUGUGGCCUUCCUGUGUGUGAGCAAGGAGGCCGACUCGGACCGGGACUCAGCCAACGACUCAGAGGACACGUCGGGCUACGACAGCACGGCCAGCGAGCCCCUGGGCAGCAGGCUUCCCUGCUUGUCGCCCGAGAGCGUGGCACUGCCCUCCAAGGAGCAGGUGCGCCGGGCGGCCGACGUCUGGUCCGUCUGCCGCUGGGUCUACCUGGCCAGCCCGGCCUUCCAGAGGCAGUUCUUCCGGCUGGGCGGCCUGGAGGUCUGCCUGCGGCUCAUGACAAUGGUCAUCCAGAAACUCGCCUGCAAGACCAAAGACGGAGGCAAGCCGAAGAAGAAGCGCGACGCCAAGGGCAAGGCCAGCCCGUCCCACCCUGACUCCCCAGCUCCAGCGUCCACUCCGACACCUACCCUCACACCCACCUCUACCCCGGCACCAAUCGAUCUGGAGGAGGCCGUACCACAGGAACCACUGGGCCCCCCAGAGCCUCCAGCAAGCGGGCAGGCGGACACUAAGGGCCCUGGGGCCAGGGACCCUGCCCGCAGGCUGGAGGAGGAGUGGUCUCUGCAGAGCAUCCGGCUCCUGGAGGCCCUGCUGGCCAUCUGCCUCCACAGCACCACAACCACCCUGCAGAAGAUUGAGCCUGACCUCUCCCUGCAGCUGCAGUCGGUGGAUGAGACACUGCGUGAGGUCCGGGACCAGCUCUCACGUUCGGGCGUGGUGAACUCUGACCUUGCCGUGCCACUGUUUGAUGCGCUGCUCCGUGUCUCCCUGGCCCAGGUCCGCUCCUGCCCCGACGCCCCCGAGGAGAAACCAGAGAGAGUGAGUCUCGAGUGGAGGAAAACAAAUAAGGUCCAGGCCGCUGCGGAGGUGCCUUCCUUGGGCGGCGACCUGUCUGAGGACGCAGACGAAUCCCAGGUGUGUGGGCCCCGACUGCCAGGUGAGGAGGAGGGCUACGAGGCCGACAGCGAGAGCAACCCAGAGGACUCGGCCCAGCAGGACGAAGGAGUGAAGGUGGAGGCGUCCCCGCUGGGGGAAUGUGCGUUUGGGCCGCCGGCGCUGGCCGAGGGCCCCGGCCGUGGGCUGCUGCUCUUCCCAGAGAUCUGCACCAUGGAGUUGCAGCUUCUGGCUGCCGGCUCGCCCGACCUCGACGUACUCGGCCACGUCCUGCAAAGCCUUCUGGCAGCCAUGCGCAGCAACCACCGCAACGCUGCGCUGCUCUACAAGCAGGGCGCUGUGAAAACCAUUCUCACAGGCUUCCAGAACAUCUUGAGCCAGUCGGACCCCUGCUAUGAAGAGUGCCAAUCUGUGCUGGUGGACCUCCUGGUUGCCAUGGUGAGCGAGCGGAUCACGGCUGAGGAACUGGCUCUGCUGGUUCGUCUCUUCCUGGAGAAGACACCGCCCACCGAGGUGCUGCUACGGGGCCUUCUGCAGAUCGUCCAGGCCAACAUGCGCCUGCAGCCGCUACACUUCCUCUCCUUCCCCACCGUGCUGGGCCUGCCUGCGGCCGGCGGGGCCUCCCCAGGCCUCAGGCCCAACGGGGCAGCCGGGGGGAAGGGCGUGGGUGUAGGGGUGGGCGGCUUGUGGAGGAGCAAGUCGUCCACGGGGUCGGAGGGCCGUCUGGGGCACCUGCGCGCCUCCCCCUGGCACACCGCGCCCCUGCAUCUGCCCCUGAUGGGGCAGAACUGCUGGCCUCACAUGGCAAGCGGCUUCAGCACCGCCCUCUGGAUGAAGGCACUGAGGUCGGAGGAUGAGGAGGAGAGUCCUGUAGAAAGAGGAGAGGAGUCUGCGCCGGCAUCCGAAACCCAGACAGCUGCCCCUGUGUCUGGGGAGAAAGCGACAGACGACGGCCUCUUCCACGUCUUCUCCAUGGGCUCCAAAGCCCUGAUGCUGCAGGUGUGGGCCAGCCUCUCCACCGGCGUCUUCACCUUCAGGAUCUGCAUUGACCCCAACGACGAGAUGAAGGCGGGCCUGCUGGCCCAGGCGGAGACCGGGGAGGGUCUGCUGACCCCUGGCCAGUGGCAGCACCUCAGCUUCACCUACACGCAGCAGCCCGAGGGCAAGAAGAACAUCCACGGACGCGUGGUCAUGUGGGUGUGUGGCGUCAGGAAGUGUGAGUUGUCGCUAGACUACAUGCUACCCAGGAAGUCCAGCCUGUCGUCAGACAGCAACAAGACCUAUUGCAUGCUGGGACACUGCCUGCACGCGUCGGAGGACGUGCCCAAGCCAGGUGCACGCUGGGAUAUGGGUACUAUGCUACUCUUCAAUGGGGAGCAAUUGGAGAAACGUGGACCUAAACUGGCCACAGGAGUAGGGCUUUGGAAGGGUCACCUGAGAAAAUCAGUCGCUCACAUCAGAGCACCACAGCUAUGUUCAGUUCAAGGUUCCAGAAUCGACACAGACGAAGCCUUCUAUCUGUAUGCCAGUGGGCCUGACCUCACCUCAAUCAUGCCCUGCAAGUAUGGCAAGCCCAGAGGGACAUUUUCCAAAUACGUCACACAGGAGGGUCUACAGUGUGAGCAAGUCCGGGAUUUGCUCAUGAGAAACGGUGACAUGGACACUUCACAGCUCAUGGAGAACCUGGCGGUGGUGUUUGCUCCCAGCAGCCCCGGCACAUACACCAUCUACGAGCCGGUGAUCCGUCUGAAGGGCCAGGCCAAAACUGUGGUGUCCCAGCGGCCCUUCAGCUCCAAGGAGGUGCAGAGUUCCGUGUUGGAGCCCCACGCCUUGCGAUCUCUGCAGCCCAGCCAGCCGCACGACCUUCACAGCGUUCUGCACAAGAUUGGCGGCACUGGCAACUUUGUCUUCCUCUUCGCCCGGACUGUGGAGCUGAGUGACUGUGAGAAGACCCAGGCUUUGGCCCUGCAGGUGCUCCUGUCCCUGGUCAAGUUCAACCACCACCGCACACACGAGAUGGAAUGCUACAACGGCUACUCCAUGAUUCACCAGGUCCUCAUCAAGUCCAAGUGCAUCGUGGGAUACCACAUUCUCAAGACAUUACUGGACGGCUGCUGCAGUGACGCCAUUCUGACUCUAGGGGAGGAUGGACACUUCCACCUGGAUGUGGAGUCCACCGCCAUCGUCCAGGACCUCAAACUCCUCUCCGAAAUCCUGUUGGACUGGAAGAUCUGGGCUAAGGCUCAGUGUGGUGUGUGGGAGACGCUGCUGGCUGCACUGGAGAUCCUUAUCAGAGUGCACCACCCUCACCAAAUGUUCAACAUCCGUCAGCUGCUCAAGGCUCAGGUGGUGCACCGCUUCCUUCUCACCUGUCAGGUGCUGCAGGAGCAUCGAGAUGGGCACCUGACCGCCAUCCCUCAAGAGGUGUGCCUCUCCUUCGUCAAGAUCAUCCAGGAAGUGCUGGGCUCCCCACCGGACCUGAGCCUGCUCAAGUUGGUCUACAACUUCCUCCUGGCCGUGCACCCGGCCACCAACACCUACGUCUGCCACACACCCACCAGCUUCUUCUUCUCCCUGCACAUAGAUGGCAAGCUGUACCAGGAGAAGGUCCAGUCGAUGAUGUAUCUCAGGCACUCCAGUAGUGGGGGCAAGUCAGCCUGCAGCUCUGUGGUUUCCCUUUCUCCCACCACCUUUACUGAGGGCGCGCAACACGAUGCUCCCUCUCCAGAGCACACCGCUGAGGACUCCUGCUCUCUGCGGCCUCCAAGCCUGCGUCCUUCCCCCCACUCGUCCCCGACGCUGAGCCCACGCAUGGCCUACCGCAGCCCCGGCCACGCCACCACCCCCACCCCCACCCCCACCCCCACCGGAGCCCCCGAAGCUGAGGACGGAGCCUCUAAACAGGUGCUGAGCAGCACCGAGACCCUCAAGCGCGGCGGCGCCGGAGACGAGCAGCUCCUCAGCAGCUGCGAGUCGGCCAAGACCAUCUGCGACUCGGUGGACAGCGGCGGAGCGACUGGCAUAGAGCGUCUGUGCCCCCCAUCCAUCAACGUGGAGGAGGAGGUGGACGACGACGACAACAACGAGCAGGACGAGCCGAGGCCUCAGGAGGAAGGGGCAGGUGGUGGCGGCGAGGCGGAGCACGCUGGCCUGGCAGACGGCAGCCUGAGCGCCGAGUCCGAGGACCGGUUCGACUGGGCCGGUGAGGAUGCGGCACCGCGUCGCCCCGACAGCCUCAAGGGCAUCCAGUCGUUCCAGCGCAGCCAGAGUAACCUCGCCAGUCUGGGUCUGGCCUUCCCCGCCCAGAACGGCUCGCUGGCCAUCGGCCGCUGGCCCAGUGUGGCCGACCGCACGCCGCCGCCUGACGACUGGGAGAGCUACACCUACUCACCCGGCUACGAGAGGGCACAAAGCAAGGCGGACUCCUGCAACGACAGGUCCAGCACAGAGGACUGCCUGGUGCUGGUAUGCUGUGGGCUGUACGAGCUGCUGCGGGGUGUGCUGCUGCUGCUGCCAGACCUCAUGCUGGAGGAGGUGAUGGACAAGCUCGUCCAGCCAGAGGCUCUCAUCGUGCUCGUCAACCACCCCUCCCCACUCGUCCAGCAGGGCGUCAUGAAGCUGUUGGACGCCUACUUCAGCCGCGCCUUUAAGGAGCAGAAGGAGAAGUUCCUGAAGAACCAUGGCUUCUCUCUGCUGGCCAAUCAACUGUACCUACACCAAGGCACCCAGGGCCUGCUCGAGUGCUUCCUGGAGAUGCUGUUCGGAAGGCCCGUGGGCUUAGAGGAGGAUCUGGACCUGGAGGAGAUGGAGCAGAUCUCUCCGUUCCGGAAGCGCUGCAUCAUCCCCGUGCUGGGCCUGAUUGAAAACUCCCUGUACGAGAACUCGCUGGUGCACAACGCACUGUGUGUGCUGCUGCAGCUGCUGAACGCCUGUCCCAAACUGGCCGACAUCCUGCUGGACCACGGCCUCCUCUAUGUGCUCUUCAACACGCUUUCCACGCUCAACGGCCUGGAGAAUGGGAUUUCCCCUAGUGACUACAGGCUGCUGAUGUGUGAUAUGCAGCAACUGCUGGUGGCUGUGACCAUCCAUUCCUGCAGCUCCUCGGGCUCCCAGUACUUCCGCAUCAUCGAGGACCUCAUCACUCUACUGGGCUACAUGCGGACCAGCAAGGUCCACCGCACUCAAGAAAUGGCUGUGGCCCUGCAGUUCCGCAUCCUCCAAUCAGCCAUCGAGUUCAUCAAGACGACAGCCAAUCAGGACCAGAAGCUGAGCAGCUCGGUGCAAGUGCCCACCUCCCCUCACCAUGCCAUGUACCAGAAACGCAAGAGCAUCGCUGGUUCCAUGGGGCUGAAAGACUCCAUAAUCCCCCGCAUUCCCCGCCAGCACUCCUAUGGGCAGAUCCCCCUGCCGCCCCAUUUAAGCUUCCUGACCCUGGACUCCCCGAUCCCAUCCCCCACAGGGUCUCCAGGCUAUUUCUUUCCCAGUGAUUCAGGCCGGCGGAGUUUCUCCCUGGUCCAGUCGGACUCGCUGCUGAUGCGGAUGCGCUCGGUGGCCAGUGACGAGCUGACCCAGAUGAUGCAACGACGUAUGAGCCAGGAGAACCCCAUCCGCGCCAGCGAGACCGAAUUUGUCCAGAGGCUGCAGCGGCUCGUGGUGCUCGCUGUCAACAGGCUUAUCUACCACGGUAAUGCCAACCAGGACUUCUUCGAGCUCCUGAAUUUCCCAGAAUCCCCUGAGCACCUGCCCACCACCCCCGUGUUUGGUGAGCACGCAGCCGAAGAGAACGGCUCCACCCCAACGUCGCCUUUCCCCCCCACCAACAUGAAGACCUUCCAGAAGGACAUCCUCAAGCUCAUGAUGGAAGGCAUCAAAAUCGGCCUGGGCAGCACAGGUCGUGGCAGUGCCCCACGGCAGCAGUGGCGGCGCGUCCUGUGGUCGUGCCGGGACACGUUCCGCGUGCAGAUUGGCCGGAUGCUGGUCCACUCGCUCAGCCCCGCUCGCCCGCUGGCUCAGAGGAAGGAAGCGCUGGAGUUUGUCCGGGAGCCCAGCCACCCUGAGAUCCUCCGGGAGAGCCUCAGUCCAGGCCUCGAGCACGGGCCCAAGCUGGCUCUAUAUCUGUAUGAGCUGCUGCAUGAUCACAAGGACAGCCUGAGCCGAGAGGAGCAGGCGGCUGCCAACACCUUCAUGACCUCCCUCAAGCUGUGCGGCCAUCGCUGUAUCCCCCCCAACGCCCCACCCAAACCAGACCUGCUCAAGGCCAUCAAGGAGGAGCAACUCAAGUAUGAAUCUGAAGAGAAGACCAGUAAGGGAGCAUGGGAGAAGAAGAUGACCAGCACCCAGAAGAGCCUUAUGCAGAGGCUGGAUGGCAAAUCCAAGGACAUCUCAAAGAUUGCGGCGGACAUCACGCAGAACGUGUCCCUGAGGCAGGGCAUGGAGCGCAAGAAGGUCAUCCUGCACAUCCGCGGCCUCUACAAGACCGACCUCAGCGCCAGCCGACACUGGCAGGAGCUCGUGCAGCAGCUCACCCAUGACCGGGCGGUGUGGUACGACCAGGUGUCCUAUCCCACCUCGUGGCAGCUGGACCCCACCGAGGGCCCCAACCGGGAGCGGCGGCGGCUGCAGCGCUGUUACCUCACCAUCCCCAACAAGUACCUGCUCAAGGACCGGCAGAAGCUGGAGAAUGCAGUGAGGCCGCCACUGGCGUUUCUGGCGGAGGAUAAGACCCACUCCUCAUUCUCCUCUACAGUGAAGGACAAGGCCACCAGUGAACCCAUCAGGUUUACCAGGAGGUGCAUCAGUGUUGCUCCAUCCAGAGAAACAGUGGGAGAGCUUCUACUGGGGAAGACUGGGAUGUACUUUGUAGAGGAUAACGCAGCUGAGGCCCAUGACAUUCAAACGCUGCACGGCGAGACGGAGCUGUCCUCGUUUUCGUGGACGUAUGAGGAAGUGAAGGAGGUGCACAAACGCUGGUGGCAGCUGAGGGACAACGCCACCGAGAUCUUCCUCACCAACGGCCGCACCCUGCUGCUGGCCUUCGACAACACCAAGUUCCGUGACGACGUGUACCACACCAUUCUGACGUCGGACCUGCCCAACCUGCUGGAGUACGGCAACAUCUCUGCACUCACUCAUCUCUGGGGUUCGGGCCAGAUCACCAACUUCGAGUACCUGACACACCUGAACAAGCACGCUGGACGCUCCUUCAAUGACCUCAUGCAGUACCCCGUCUUCCCCUUCAUCCUGCGUGACUACACCAGCGAGACCCUCGACCUGCACGAUUCUAACAUCUACAGGAACCUCAGCAAGCCAAUAGCCGUGCAGUCAAAGGAGAAGGAGGAUCGCUAUGUGGAUAAUUAUAAGUACCUGGAGGAGGAGUUUAAGAAGGGUGCCCGUGAGGACGACCCCAUGCCCCCAGUGCAGCCCUACCACUACGGCUCCCACUACUCCAACAGUGGCACCGUCCUCCACUUCCUCGUCAGGAUGCCCCCCUUCACCAAGAUGUUCCUGGCCUACCAAGAUCAGAGCUUCGAUAUUCCCGACCGCACAUUUCACUCAAUGAACACAACAUGGAGGCUGUCCUCCUACGAGUCCAUGACGGAUGUCAAAGAGCUCAUCCCCGAGUUCUUCUAUCUGCCAGAGUUCCUGGUCAACAGAGAAGGCUUUGACUUUGGUGUGCGUCAGAACAGCGAGCGGGUCAACCACGUGAACCUGCCGCCGUGGGCCCGGAAUGACCCACGCCUCUUCGUCCUCAUCCACCGGCAGGCUCUGGAGUCGGACCAGGUGUCCCAGACAUUGUGCCAGUGGAUCGACCUGGUGUUCGGCCUCAAGCAGAAGGGCAAGGCCGCCGUGCAUGCCAUCAACGUCUUCCACCCCGCGACGUACUUUGGCAUGGACGUGUCGGCGGUGGAGGACCCAGUGCAGCGGCGGGCGCUGGAGACCAUGAUCAAGACCUACGGGCAGACGCCUCGGCAGCUGUUCAGCACGUCGCACAUCAGCCGCGCGGCGCCCAAGCUCCUGAUGGAGGGAGAGCUGCCCGCCGCCAUGGGCCUGCUCGUCCAGCUCGCCUUCAGGGAGAACCGCGAGCAACCCAAAGAGAUCACACACCCGAGUCCGUUGCCGUGGGUGAAGGGUCUGAAGUGGGGGGAGUACGUGGGCUCCCCGAGUGCGCCGGACCCGGUGGUUUGCUUCAGCCAGCCGCACGGCGAGAGGUUCGGCUCCCUGCUCGCCCUGCCGACCCGGGCUAUCUGCGGCCUCUCCCGCAACUUCUGCCUCAUGAUGAUCUACAGCAAGGAGCAGGGCGUGAGGAGCAUGCACAGCACAGAUAUCCAGUGGUCGGCCAUCUUGAGCUGGGGCUAUGCUGACAACAUGCUGCGUCUGAAGAGCAAGCAGAGCGAGCCGCCCAUCAACUUCAUCCAGUGCUCCCCACUGCACCAGGUGACCAGCUGUGCCUGGGUAUCGGACGGGUGCCAGCUGUUCACGGGCAGCAAGUGCGGAGUCAUUAUCGCCUACAGCAACCGCUUCACCGCCACCACGCCAUCGGAGAUUGAGGUGGAGUCGCAGGUUCACCUGUACGGCCACACGGACGAGGUGACUGGUCUGUUUGUCUGCAAGCCUUACAGCGUCCUCAUCAGCGUCAGCCGAGACGGCACCUGCAUCCUCUGGGACCUCAACAGACUGUGUUAUGUCCAGAGCCUCACUGGUCACAAAAGCCCUGUCAAUGCUGUUUCCGCCAGUGAGACUACAGGUGAUAUAGCCACAGUGUGUGACUCAGUGGGUGGUGGUAGUGACCUGCGGCUAUGGACGGUGAACGGUGAUCUGAUUGGCCACGUGCACUGCAGAGAGAUCAUCUGCUCGGUGGCCUUCUCCAACCAGCCAGAGGGGGUGUCUGUGAACGUCAUCGCUGGCGGCCUGCAGAACGGAGUGGUCAGGCUGUGGAGCACGUGGGAUCUGAAGCCUGUGCGAGAAAUCACCUUUCCAAAGUCCAACAACCCCAUCAUCAGCCUGACGUUCUCGUGCGACGGUCAUCACCUGUACACGGCCAACAGCGAGGGCACAGUGAUCGCCUGGUGCCGCCGCGACCAGCAGCGCAUGAAGCUGCCUAUGUUCUACUCCUUCCUCAGCAGCUAUGCGGCAGGAUGAGAUGCCCCGCCCAUCCUAUCCUAUCCCAUCAUGCACCCUGUCUCAUCCCGUCCGCCUCUCAGGGGGACCCUGAAUGACCUCGACACCCCGACACACACUCCAUCUGUUGCCCUUCGCCGCCCCAGACAGGGAACGUGCCAGCAUGCACCAGGCCCCCAAUAUCAACAACCAAACACGACGGAACACAACACCAAACAAGGGACUGCUGAACUAAACGCAGCCACCAUAUUGAACAUAGUGUGAUGUACAUAUACUAAUAUAUAUAUAAAUAUGGCCUCUGGGCAAUCCCAGAGCAAGAUAAACAGAGGCCUUUCCUGACACGCUUUGUAAAGUUUCCUUUGAUGGGAGUUGUGUUUUGUUUGCCAGAGUUUGCCAGACGUAUUGGUUUGUGACUUGUUUGUCACUAUUGUAUUGGUAGUUUGCAGUGUUGUUUUUAAUCUGUUUCCAGUAUUUGUGUUUUUGUUUUAUUGCUGUUUGUUUUUUGUUUUGUUUUUUGUUUUCUUUUUGUGGUCUGUUGAACUGUCUCCGAUGUGGUGGUGAAGAACUCCUGACUACUGUCGUGAAAGCUGCUAGUUUCUGACCAGGCUGGGUGGGCCAGACCAAAAGGGGUGAACAGCGCCACCUGUCUGCCCCCUGCUGGCAGAUGUGGUUCGUCUGUGCCAACCCCACCCAACCCCAUCCCACCCCACCCCACCUCAACCAUCCCAGUCCUGGCUGAAGCUCAGCCCCCUGCUGUCACUGCACCUUUCUUGCCUGCUGCCAGAGCUCCGCCCAGCUGCUUAACCCCUCCAACCCUCCACCCGACCCCAGUGCUCAACACUAAAGCCUCCAGUCCUACGGCUGUCUCCCACGCUAGUCCGCAUGUCACUGAGAGACCUCCAGGCUGAAAGGCGGAGAAGGACGAGGAGAGAAGAGUGGAGACGUAGAGAGCUCCUAUGACUGUUGUUGGCACCAGCCUAGUCCAGCUUUCUUAUUUUAUUUUUCCUCUUUUGUAUUUGUGAGUGAGACUGAGCUAUUUAUGGGUAAAUGAGAAUGUUAUUUUGAGUAAUAAUUUUGAUUUCAGGAUACCUUUCCCUCAACACACACACACACACACACACACACACACACACACACACACACACAGGCAGGAAGAGAGAACAGAGCCAUCUGCACUCACCAGUGCAUUAAUGAAGAGAGAGGAGGAAGAGGGAGAGAGAGGGAGAAAGAGAGGGAGGAAAAGAUAGAGAGAGUGAGAAGGCGGGCGGAAGAAAGAAAGAGGGAGAAGGAGGAAGCUGGUUUAGCUCUGGGUAAUGAAUUAACUUGAGCGCUAGCAGCCCUUCACACACACACACACACGCGCACACACACACACACACACUCCUUCUGUCUGAGGCUUACAGGCCACUGCCGACGAAAGAUCCCAUUCAUAGGGAGGCUGCUAAGGGGGGUUAAUUCCAGAGAUUUGGUAGUUUUUCAGGUGAUGCUGGAUAUUCAUCAUGUAGGAGCUCAGCCUUGUUGCGGGCACCCCGAUGCAAACACACACACACACACACACACACACACACGCAUGCAUGCAUGCAUGCAUGCAUGCAUGCAGAGAGAGAGUAGUACAAUUAAAAUAUCCCCUUAUGUGGUGUUGCAAAAGUCAGACAGAUAUGUGCAUGGUACUUAGACCCAUGCAUUGUGUAAAAACACAUCACACUAUUUUAAGAAAGUUUUUUUUCAAGGUCUUGUGCUCCUCCUGAUCUAAAUGUUCUUUGUGUCUUGACCCAGUCCAUACUUUAAUUUGGACAAAACGGUCUCAUUGUAAUCAAGAGCUGUGGGUCCAGUGGUUACUGCAGAGAGGACAGAAUCGGAGUGUCCUGAGAAUAUGUGUGUGUGUGUACUGUAGCUCUCCAUUAUGUGGACCACCUGUCUUAAUCUAAAGUCCUAUCACAUUUACGUAUGAGAAUUUUAUUUUCAUUAUUUAACAAGUUAGUGUCUGAGCCUUCCAGUUUGCUUGUUUAGUUGUAUUUUGAUUGCAUCCAAAAAAUUGUCAUUGUAUUGGAUUGUAAUAUACCUAACUAGAAUGAGAUAUUGUCUUAAAAGUCAGGAAGGUUUACUCUUGUACUGAGAUUGCUGUCGGCCAUCAGAGUCCCAGCAUGGAAAGGCCCUUGGGUGAAACGCACAGGGUCUCCUUACAGUUCCUGGUUCCAAUUCCAACUUAGUUUGGCUGUUGGAGGUCUGAACUCGUAGAAGUAGAAUUAAACUGAGCACUAUAAAAAUGAAGACAUUCUAAGCCAUGAUCCGCUUAAAAGGUGGUUGUUUUCUACCAGCAUGACCGACUUCAAGAAGUGUUGAAUUGUUUUGUCUUUGCCUUGCUGAAUGUUUGUUACUGACAGCCUUUUAAAGAAAAAGAAAAAUACCAAGAACAUUUAUUUUGGGUAACAUUUCAGUGGUGUUGCAAAUCAUGUUUGCAGAAAGGGAAGUUAUUUCUUUGUUCUCAUGAAGAGUUCACUACCUUUGUUUUGUUUUUGAUCCCACUUUUUUGCGUUUUUGGUUAUGUUAAGUGAGGUAAUUUAACCCAUUCUAAAGCUUUGCCCAAAUCUACUGAAAUAUGAACCAGUCAUGUCGGCUCUUCCAUUAGCGUUCGAAUAGGGAUAGCGCCUUAUGUUUACAAUGUAUGCAUCUGUUUUGUGCUUUAUUUUCCUUGUGGUAACGCACACUUUCUUUCUGCCCUGUUACAUAGUCCAGCUUUUUAUCGUACGUGUACCGUGUCAGAUGCAUGAUUGUAUGACUCUUUGCAUUAUCUGAGAUGUGUUGUAGAAUGCCACUGGGUGAGACGUUGUGUAAAUCUGUUAGGAUUACGUGUGAAAGGAGGACGAAAAAAAUGCGUUUUACGGCUAAAGAACUCACAAAGGGUUUGUUCUUUUGUUUUCCUUUUUUUUAUGUUUGUUUGACUGAUAGAGCUUUACGUAAUUUAAGAUCCUUUGAUAUGUAUAGAAACUGAGUGGUCCUUGCGUUUCCAAGAAAGACGUGGACCACUUUCCUCCUACCCUGAUUGUUCUAGAGAGGGGGAAGCCUGAACGGGACAUGUAUUUCUUAUAUUUUGUAUCUAUGAACGGACAGAAGUUAUCAGUAUAUAAUAUAAAUAUAUAUAUAAAUAUGAAUAUUUAAGACA